AUGACUAACGACGAGAAGACAAAGACCAAGAAAGGAAAUCUUAAACUUUGCGAACUUUGCAAGUCAAGAAAACAAGCGAUCAAAAGACCAAAAAACCUACAGAAGAUCUGUAAAGAAUGCUUUUACCAUGUCUUUGAAACCGAAAUCCAUCAGACUAUUGUCUCCAAUAACUUAUUCUUCCCUGGCGAAAAAGUUGCUAUAGGUGCGUCAGGCGGUAAGGAUUCCACCGUUCUUGCCUAUGUGUUGAAACUUUUGAAUGAGCGUUAUAAUUAUGGCCUAGAACUCGUAUUGUUGAGUAUCGAUGAAGGGAUUGUGGGCUACAGAGAUGAUUCUCUAGCCACCGUCCAGAGAAAUAAAAUCCAGUAUAAUUUGCCAUUGGAAAUUGUGAGUUACAGAGACUUGUAUAACUGGACUAUGGAUGAAAUUGUUUCCUGUGCCGGCAUCAGAAAUAGUUGUACGUACUGCGGGGUACUAAGAAGACAGGCACUUGAUAGAGGGGCGGCAAAAUUGGGGAUCAAUCACGUAGUAACGGGCCAUAAUGCUGAUGAUAUGGCAGAAACUGUAUUGAUGAAUAUUUUAAGAGGUGAUUUGGCAAGAUUGGAGAACUCCACCACUAUUUGCACCAAAUCAUCGGGAUCACCAAUCAAAAGAUCAAAACCUUUCAAAUACAUAUACCAAAAGGAAAUUGUGCUUUAUGCUCACUACAAGAAGCUAGAUUAUUUUUCAACCGAGUGUACUUACGCUCCAGAGGCAUUUAGAGGUACUGCCAGAGUGUUGAUGAAAAACUUGGAGAAAAUCAGGUCGAGUUGUAUCACCGAUAUCAUUUACAGUGGGGAGAAUCUUGUGUUGAAAGAAAAGAAAAAGCGACAACAAUUUAAAAAGAAACAAAAUGCCAAUGGUUCCAAGGAGCCAACAGAGGUGGAAAUACGUAACGAUGGCUCAAUAUCGCUAGGUAAGCACGGAUUCAAAGAUGGUAAUAGAUGUACGAGAUGUGGAUAUUUGUCUUCCAACACCAUUUGCAAAGCGUGUAUGUUGCUAGAAGGAUUGGAAAAGAGCAAAGCCAAGAUAAUGCUUGAAAAUGACGGGGUCACUGAUGGGGCAGCCAAGCUUACGAGAACUUUAGAGCUGCUUACCUUUUGA